AUGGAGGCAGUAUUUCUGAGCAAGUUUUUCCCUGAAACAAAGCGUGCAGAUGUCAGAAAGAAAAUCACUACUUGUCAACAACUACGUGGCGAGAAGUGGUACCAAUACUGGGAGAGAUACAACGAGAUCUGCGCAAGUUGUCCUUAUCAUAACCUAAGUGAAGCACUCUUGAUUCAGAACUUUUAUGAUGGACUUUUUCAUGAUGAUCGAACCUAUGUCGAUGCUGUUAGCGGAGGAAGCUUUACACUCAAAACACCGGAGGAAGCAAGGAAGCUGCUCAACACGAUGGCUGAAAACGUAUACCAGUUUAAUGCCACUAAUGGAGAUGUGUCAUCCAAAUCAUCAGAACCUGCAAAUGAACGACUAAAUAACCUUGAACCAACUAUGAAGAUGAUGGCUGCUCAACAAGGGGAUUUAGUGAAGAUGUUUACAAAUAUGAUGAACACGCUUUCUCAAAAUCUUACACCACUUCCAGAAGGGCAUAUAAAUGGAAACCAAAAAGAGUACGGAGUAAAAGCCAUUGGAGGAACUCAACAGUGGUAUGCAAAUAAGAUUGAGUUACCUGAUAUCCCACUUCCACCUGCAAUAUCACUACCUGUAGAACCUAUUUUCCUUGAUGUACCACCACCAGUGGCUAUAAUCAAUAACAAAUUGUCAAGUGAAGAGGAGAUUUCAGCCAACCAGAAGAAGGAGAAUCCACUUUCUUUACCAAAAGCUGAUCAAAUUCAAUCAGAAGACGAAUGGAUGGAGGAGAUAUUUCUAUGUUCUGAGAUGAAUGAAGAAGACCUUCAUUUACCUCAAUUGCCAUUGCUGUUAGGAAGACCGUUUUUAAUCUUAGCAAGGAUGAAGUUCGAUGCACAAGAUGGAACGAUCAGUAUGGAAUUUGAUGGGAAGCCAAUUACAUUCAACAUUAAUGAAGCCAUGAAAGCUCUUGCUAAGAUCCAUUCCAUCUUCGCCAUUGACGCAAUUGAUGCAUGCUCUGAACAAGUUCAAUCACUUCACCAUAAAGAUGAACUUGAGUUGGUCCUUACAAAGAGCCUGGUUGAAGAAGAAAUCGAGGAAGCAGAAGUCCUGACGUUUGAAGAUGUAGCGGAAACCAUCAGAGAUUUGGAAACACUUCUUGCAAUUGAGGAAAAGGAGUUGGUUUCCUAUGUUCAAUUGGAACCGACACCUAAGCCUUUGCCAUCUAUCAUUCAACCUCCAGAAGUCAAGCUGAAACCACUUCCUGAAGGCCUGAAGCAUGUUUUCCUUGGAGACAAUGAGACCCUACCUAUUGUUAUUUCAACUGAUAUCAAAGGAAUAAGUCCUACUGUAUGCAUGCAUAGGAUUCGACUUGAAGAUGAUGCAGUAGCCGUUCGACAACCACAAAGAAGAUUAAAUCCAAACCUUGUUGAAGUUGUAAAAGAAGAAGUUCUCGAAUUACUUGGAGCUGGUCUCAUUUAUGCUAUAUCAGAUAGUAAAUGGGUCAGCCCUGUCCAAGUAGUUCCAAAGAAGUCUGGAUUCACCGUCGUAGAAAACAAUGAAGGAGAGCUUGUUCCUCAAAGACUGCAGAAUGGAUGGAGAGUAUGUAUCGACUACAGAAAGCUGAACUCUGCCACGAGGAAGGAUCACUUUCCAUUGCCGUUCAUAGAACAGAUGUUGGAUAGAUUAGCCUGCAAGUCCUACUACUGUUUUCUGGAUGGGUAUUCAGGAUAUUUUCAGAUUCCAAUUGCACCAGAGGAUCAAGAGAAGACCACCUUUACAUGUCCUUUUGGUACGUAUGCCUACACAAGAAUGCCUUUUGGUUUAUGCAAUGCACCUGCGACUUUUCAAAGGUGUAUGAUGAGUAUCUUUCAAGAUUAUGUGGGAGAUAAGAUGGAAGUAUUCAUGGACAAUUUCACAGUCUAUGGAGAUAGCUUCAAUCAUUGCCUUAAUAAUCUAGAACUCAUCUUGAAAAGGUGUGUUGAAACCAAGUUGGUAUUGAAUGCCGAAAAGUGUCACUUCAUGGUAGAACAAGGCAUUGUUCUAGGCCAUGUAGUGUCUAAAGAAGGAAUGCAAGUCGACAAAGCAAAGGUUGAUGUCGUCCAGAACCUGCCCUAUCCAACAUGUCUCAAAGAUAUCCGCUCUUUCUUAGGCCAUGCUGGAUUCUACAGAAGAUUUAUCAAGGAUUUUUCAAAUAUCUCAACAUCCAUGUGUAGAUUUCUUCAGAAAGAUGUAGAGUUCGAGUUUCGAGACGAUUGCAAGAAAGCAUUUGACAAAUUGAAGACUGCCCUCACCACCACUCCAAUUGUGAAGCCACCUGAUUGGAAACUAUCGUUCGAAAUCAUGUGUGAUGCAAAUGCUGCUCAGAAGAACUACACUACCACAGAAAAAGAGAUGUUUGUCGUUGUCUUUGCUUUGGAGAAGUUUCGACCAUACAUCAUGGGAUCUAAGGUGAUAAUCUACUCUGAUCAUGUUGCAUUGAGAUAUCUUAUGUCAAAGAAAGAAGCAAAAGCUAGGCUUAUGCGAUGGCUUUUGUUAUUUCAAGAGUUUGAUAUCGAAAUAAGGGAUAUGAAAGGAGCCGAAAAUGUUGUUGCCGAUCACCUAAGUGGAAUUGAAGGCAAGGAGGAAGAAAUCACAAUCAAUGAAGCACUACCCUUUGAAGACCUGUUUGCCGUUUCUCAACUUCCCUGGUAUGUUGAUAUUGUCAAUUACUUGGUUGUUCGUCGCCUUACCCCAGAUCUUAGCAAAAGACAAAAGUUGAAGAUCGUAAGUGAUGCCAAGUAUUACUUAUGGGAUGAUCCGUACUUAUGGAGGCAAGGAUCUGAUCAAGUCAUGAGACGAUGGAUUCUUGAAAAUGAGGUUCAAUCAGUUUUAAAGUUCUGCCACAGUGAGGAAUGUGGAGGCCACUUUGGACACAAGAAGACUGCAAGAAAGAUCUUGGAUUGUGGAUUUUAUUGGCCUAUACUUUUUAAGGACUCGUUUGACCAUUGCAAGACUUGUCCACAAUAUAGGAAGUAUUACAUUCUUCUAGCUGUGGAUUAUGUUUCCAAAUGGGUUGAAGCUAUUGCUACGGAAAAGGAUGAUGCAAGAACAGUGGUUAAAUUCUUGAAGAAUAAUAUUCUUCAUCGAUUUGGGAUACCAAGAUAUCUAAUCAGUGAUCGAGGUACUCACUUUUGCAACAAGAUUGUGCAAGCACUGGUUGAAAAAUAUGGAGUACGACAUAAGGUAUCCACUUCAUAUCAUCCUCAAACCAGUGGACAAGCUGAAGUAUCCAAUCGUCAAAUGAAGCUGAUUUUGGAGAAAACAGUCAAUGUUCAAAGAAAAGAUUGGAGUAUGCGACUAGGAGAUGCUUUAUGGGCUUAUCGUACAGCUUAUAAGACACCUCUAGGUAUGUCCCCAUAUAGAAUUGUAUUCGGAAAACCAUGUCAUUUACCUGUGGAGAUAGAACACAAAGCCUGGUGGGCAGUAAAGCAAUGCAAUCUUAACUUUGACAAAGCUGGAAUGCAAAGGAUGCUGCAAUUGCAAGAGCUUGAGGAAAUAAGGAAUGAGGCCUAUGAAAAUUCAAGAAUUUACAAAGAAAAGACUAAAGCUCUACAUGAUCAAAGGAUAUUGAGAAGAUCAUUCCAUGAAGGUCAGAAAGUUUUGCUGUUCAAUAGCACAAUUAAGCUUCAUGGAAAGCUAAGGACAAAAUGGAAUGGACCUUUUGAAGUGAUAAAAGUAUAUCCUAAUGGAUCUGUGGAAAUUUACAAUCCGGAUAGCAAGAAUCAAUUUAAGGUUAAUGGGCAAAGACUUAAACCUUUCUUUGAGCCAUUAUCAAUAGCUUUGAUUGAAGAAAUUGAGUUGGAAGACUCCACCUAUCUUCCAACUUGA